GGGGGGGGCGAGUGCGUGCUCCCCGACCAGACCAGGCCAGCGCCAGCGCGAGUGGCGAUGCUGCGCGCCCGCGCCCGAUCUGCUGCCGCUGCCGCUGCGGCUGGGAUCUGACUGUGACCAAGGAUGUCGGCGUCGCAGGGCGCGGCGGCGAGCGGGAGGCGGCCCGGGAGCGUGGCGCUCGGGGACCUGCUGCGGCGGGAGGCAUCGGCGGAGCGGUCCGCGGCGGCGGGAGCCGAGCAGCCCCGGGUCGCGGCGGGGCAGGCCGGUCGGGCCAAGAAGGGCGAGGACUUCGCGCUCCUCAAGCCCGGCUGCGAGCGCCAACCCGGCGCGCCGUCCACAUCCUUCUCCUCCUUCGCCCUGUUCGACGGACACAACGGGAGCGCUGCCGCGGUCUACGCCAAGGAGAACCUCCUCACCAAUGUGCUCAGCUGCGUCCCUGCCGAUCUGAGCAGGGACGAGUGGCUCGCCGCGCUCCCAAGGGCGCUCGUCGCCGGAUUCGUCAAGACUGAUAAGGAUUUCCAAACAAGAGCUCAUUCCUCGGGGACAACCGUGACCCUAGUCAUAAUUGAUGGGACCGUUGUAACUGUUGCCUCAGUUGGCGAUUCACGUUGUGUCCUUGAAGCCGAGGGUUCCAUCUACUAUUUGUCAGCUGACCACCGUUUUGAUGCUAGUGAAGAGGAGGUUGCACGUGUAACGGAAUGUGGAGGUGAAGUUGGAAGGCUAAAUGUUGUCGGUGGAGCUGAGAUUGGCCCCCUUAGAUGUUGGCCAGGUGGUUUAUGUCUAUCAAGAUCGAUCGGUGAUCAGGAUGUAGGUGAAUUUAUCAUCCCUGUCCCCCAUGUGAAGCAGAUUAAGCUGUCUAGUGCUGGAGGUCGGCUUAUUAUUUCAAGUGACGGUGUUUGGGAUGCUUUGACUGCGGAAAUGGCUUUUAGUUGUGCACGAGGACUUCCUCCAGAGGCUGCAGCGGAUCAAAUUGUCAAAGAAGCUGUGGAAUCAAAAGGAUUGAGAGAUGAUACAACUUGUAUUGUCAUUGACAUAAUACCACCAGAAAAACUAAAAUGCACUAUAGAAUCUCCAAGAACGCCAGGAAAAGGCCUUGGCCUUCUUAAAAAUUUCUUUUUCAGGAAAAUGACAUCUGACUCAUUAUCUCUUCCUGAUAAGGAAAAUUGCUCUGAGCCAGGUUUGGUGGAGGAGGUCUAUGAGGACGGAUGCCCGUCCCUUUCAAGGAGGCUAGAUUCUGAGUAUCCAAUCCGGAAUAUGUUCAAACUCUUUGCAUGUGCAAUUUGUCAAAUUGAGUUAGAGUCUGGUCAGGGGAUAUCCAUACACGAGGGUGUGUCAAAACCAGGAAAGCUGCGUCCCUGGGAUGGUCCUUUCCUUUGUCACAGUUGCCAGGAGAAGAAAGAGGCAAUGGAGGGAAAGCGUCACUCACGAGAUUCCUCGUCAAGAAAUAGCGGGUCAAGCGAAUAGUGACCAAGGCCAAGAGUCAUUUUGAAGCAACCAACUAACGUCCCUCAGGGUUAAUGCGUUUCUGGCAUUUGGGAUUCUUGCAGAACUUCUUGGUUACAUGGAUUAUCAUGCAAUUGGAUGGGAUCUAUAACAUGGAAUAAGCCAGCUGUUGGCAGGUGCCUAUGCCUAUGUUUAUGUUGAAGAGGUUAUACAGUACCGAAGUGUAGGAAGCAAUUCGCCUAUUGAUACCAACAUCUUCAGUGGGGCUUCUGGCAGUGGAACAUACAGACCAAGAGCUCGUUAGUAAAAGAUUGUCCACAACCGGCAAUAAGCAUAUAAAUUAUUCGUCGUAUAGAGGUGUGACAAAUAGCCGCGACUUUGUAAUUGUCGACUAGGGCUAGGUAUGAGAUCCUAUAAUUCGUUAGGGCAGACCUCAAAUUAAAGGUCAAAGUAGCCCGGUAACUUGUAGAAUCUCGCCCUAUCUUCUCAUGAUCCAACUCUGUAAUUAGCAUUUAAGGUGAUUUUUGCAAACCGCUAUGAUCCUGGGCAAUGCAGCUUUUGACGAGUGUAUAAUGUAAAUAUGCAUGGUGCUUGGGAAUUUUUGCUUUGUGCCGCCUUGCA